AUGCGCUGGGGAUCUGUUGCGAUAUUUGAUGGUGUUAAAUGCAUCCAGAAGCCAGGCAACGUCAUCAGCGGUGAUGACUUUUAUACCGCUUGCAAGCUGUAUGGGUACAAUGCUGGUUAUAGAGAUGACUGGGAGAAGGGCGCGGGAUAUCGCGGUACUUGCUCGUAG